AUGACGACCCGGGGACCGAGUUCAGACUUCGAAAACCCCAAAGGGGAAGAUACCCACACAGCACUGCCAAGUGGAAGAGAUGUCUUCGGCAACAGAAUUAUUUAUAGGCCAAAUCAAGGGGAUAAUGGAAACGUUGGUCCAUCACCCACUUCACGGGAACAAUUUGAACAAGAGCCUUUCCGUCCGUCAAAACCUCGUGAACUAAAUGUUCGCGAUGUAUUUGCAUUCACCGUCAACAAUAUGGUAGGAACGGGAAUCUAUACCACUCCUCCGGUUGUAUUAUACCUUACCAAUAGCAAAUAUGUAGCGUUGGCUCUUUGGAUUGUGGGGUUUCUAUAUACGGCGAUCAGGUAUUUCUCGAAGUUCGUAGUUGCAGUAAGAAGCUUAUUGGUAUUACUUUAGUAUGGUUAUUUAUCUUGAACUGUCCCGUAAAAUGCCCCAUACAGGGGGAGAACUUGUGUAUGUGAGUGGAUGAUUUUGCAUAUGGACAUCUACUUCAACUAAUUUAUGCAAUAGUUAGAUGAAACUUUGCCGAGGCCACGGCUUCUUUCAUAUACCAUCUAUUCUUUCUACGCUAUACUCAUUUACAACGAUGCGACAAAUUCCAUGCAGUUCGCGAAGCAGACGCUCACCUUUUUAUCAGAUAAUCCAGCGGACCCGUCUCUGAAUCCAUGGUUCUUGCGCUUCAUGGCCUUCGUGGUGCUAUCCUUCGUUUGUCUGUUACACUACUUCUCCAGCAGAGCCGGACAGGAUUUGAGCCAAAUACUUGCGUGUGCCAAGAUCACACUCCUUGUGGUUCUCAUUUUUGGCGGCAUACCAAGAGCAGUCAAUCACUUUACAAGUGAUUGGGCAUAUACGCCCUAAGGUUAGAACUCCGCUACAGCUUUUCUCUACAUUUUGUUUAGUUUUUCAGGAUUGGAUAACGCCACCGUUGUAAGUCUCAAGAGAAGAAAGUGUUCCUGAAACUGCUAACUUUUACCCAGGUUGGUGGAGAUUUUGCUGAGCACAAGAUAUUAAAGAAAGGUGCUAUCUCGGCAAUUUCUCUUGUAGGGUUACUUUAUUUUCUGGUCAAUUUAGUCUUUGUUAGUCUUCUUUCCCAAAACAUUGCAGCUGAUAUGCAUAUCACUAACUGCUUGCAGCUUCUCGCUGUACCUCAUAACGCCCUCCAUAACCCUCUGGACGACACAUACGCUACAUAUGCACCAUUGGUAGGGUCCAGAACCCUUCGGAACUUGGCAACAGACGUUGAUACGCCCAUAAUAGUUUUUCGGGAAUACUGAGAAGGCACAUCGCGCCUGGGCAUUCAUGAUUGCAAUAUCAGUAUUGGGUAGUCUGGUUGCCUUUACAUACACAAGUAGUCGACGUAAGUACAAAAUUCCUAUAUAAAUGAACUAUUUAUUGAAAUUUCACACGAAAAUAGUCAAACUAGCGAUCAGGAAAGCCAAUAUUCUUCCGUGGUCAAGGCUUUGGAGAUCGAGCUCACCAGUGAGAAUCAACAGCAACGGGAAAAAUACCUCAACUCCACAAGGGGGUCUGAUUAUACACUUUUUAUUCUCAGUUGCUUUCAUAUAUGGUACAGCUGGCUUCGCCAAUCUGAGCGAAGGAAUCAGCUUCCCCGGAAACAUUUAUGCGUACGCAUCUGGGUGGGUAGGAGGUAAUUCUUGACUACAAGUCCUACUACCAGAGUAUUGAAAUGAAUAAACUAACAUAAUUCAGUGUUUAUCGGCAUUGGGUUUCCCCUGACCUUUCUCAGCAAAAAGUCUCGCUUGCUAAAGCUCCUCCGUCUGGAAUAUCGAAAUAUACCAUCACCUUCUUGGGAACGAUUAACUCCGCCUAGAUCACGCUUGCUUAAACACAAUUUUUACUGGUUCUUUACGGGUGUCUUUUUCGUCGCAAAUAUUUUCAUUGUGGUUGUUUCAUCGAUUCCGUCAAAAGAAAAAGGACAGAUCAAAGGUUGGAUCAAUACUGCUAUUGUCGGUGGUGUAAUUACUUUUGCUUGCUUGUAUUAUCUCUGGCAAAAGCUCAUAGUUUGGACCUCGUCUUUCUGUCAUUGUCAAUCAAAGCAUCCACAGUUG